UGUUUUCGUCACGUGACCGGAAGCCAGCGUUGAUAGUUGAACGGUGUUAGGAGAUGUUACUUUCGUUGGUGUGACAGACCUGUCUGAAGUUUAAAACAGCGCUGUCGGUAGUUUUUCCUUCUGAGUACCUGAGAAGAAGCCAUUUCGCUGAUAAUUCCUCAGACUUUGACUCAUUAAAAGCGGACUCUUUUGGCCUUAAAGCCUCCAACAUGCAUGCUAACUUUAGCCAAUUCGCUAGCUAACUGGAUCCACAACCUUCUGUCCAUUCCAGGAGCACAGCCAGGCUGGGUUGUUUUCUGGCCGUUUUAUUUUCUAUUUAAGCUCAUGCCACCGCCUGUUUGUCCCUGUAGUGCUACGUUGUGCUGUUGGUGGAAGUUGGUGCUAUGCAGCUGAAUAACAGCUAACUGUCUCUUCAGUCCCGUCCUGAGGGCUUUCUGAUAAGACAGCACAAACAACCCUCGCUUGUGUGUCCCAAACAUGGACGCUAUGGAGCUGGUUCGAUAGAACAAGUGUCGUCGUUCGCGACAGCAGAUGCCUCCUGUGUGAGGCCAGCGACCAUCACCCCCCACCAGAAUUACUCCAGCUCCUCAUCAUCAUCUUCUUCUUCAUCAUCCCUGAGCCGUCAGGAUGUUGGAGGGGCUCGUAGCCUGGGUGCUAAACACUUACCUAGGAAAAUAUGUCAGCAAUCUGAACACAGAUCAGCUCUCCAUUGAACUUCUUAAAGGUGCAGUGGAACUGGAAAACCUGCCACUGAGGAAAGAUGCCCUCCGAGAGUUUGACCUGCCAUUUGAAGUCAAAACAGGAUUUAUUGGGAAGAUCACUCUGCAGAUCCCGUUCUACCGGCCUUACAGUGACCCGUGGGUCAUCUCCAUGUCCCAGCUCAACCUCAUCAUCGGCCCCACUCAGCCGCAGGAGUUUGACGUGGAGAAGGAAAACGAGGAAGCGAGGGAACGCAAAAAGCACCUCCUGAAAACUCUCGAAGAUAAAUUCAAAAGUGAAUGUGAACAGAGAGGAGAGUCGUACUGGUACUCUGUCACCGCCUCGGUCGUCACCAGGAUUGUUGAAAACAUUGAACUGAAGAUCCAAAAUGUUCACCUGAGGUUUGAGGAUGACUUUUCCAUCCCGGAGAAAGCCUUUUCUUUUGGAGUUUGCAUCAACAGCGUGUCGGCUCAUAAUCCUUCCAAAGAGUUGAUCCAUAAGCCUUUCAAACAAAAGCAGCUGGAGAUUGAAGACUUCAGCGUUUACUGGGACACAAAGUGUGAAAUGCUGGGAAAGCUGCCUGCAAGCCAGAUCCAGGAUGCGAUGACUCGGUGCAUGCAGAGUCGCCAGCACCAGUACAUCUUUGAGCCAGUGCGCGCCUCCGUGCUGCUCAGGAGAAACACCUCCAGGGAGCCGCUGAGGACCCGAAACAUCCCUCGGAUCGAGGGCCAGGUCCAGCUGGAGCCCAUGUCUUUACGUCUCUCCCAGGUUCAGUACCAGCAGAUAAUGGCUUUCCUUAAAGAAGUGGAGCGCAGAGAGAGAGGGAUGCUGUACAGAACAUGGAGACCCAAAGUCCCGAUUUCUGGGAACGGCCGUGUGUGGUGGCUGUUUGCCAUUCAGGCCAACCUGAGUGACAUCAGGGAGCAGCGGAGGCGAGGCAGCUGGGCGUUUGCCCUGCAGCGCGCCCGGGAUGCCAAGACCUACACCGACCUCUACUCCAGAAGGCUGAAAGCCACCGGCCUGAGCCCAGAGGACGAGGCUGAACUGGAACGAGUUGAAGAGCAGCAGACGCUCGAGGAGCUGCAGAUUCUCAGAGAAGUUGUCCAUGACAAGUUUCGAUCGCAGGAAGAGAAGGCGGAUAACGUUCGGGAGCCGAGCAGCAGCCCCCCAGCUGCUUUGUCUGCCACAUCCGUUCCUAAAAGUGGAAGCUACAGAAUGAUUCAGUACCUGCAGUCUUGGUUCCCUGGUUGGGGCGGCUGGUCUGGAAACACGCAGGAUCUGGACACACCUGAAGAACUCCUGCCAAGCCCAUCAUCCUGGAAUAUCCUACCAGAGACAGGGGAUUUGUUCGACCCACUGGAGGACUCCCAGUCUCUGAACACCUUCACUAGACGAGAUUACAUGUUUGCUCGAAUGGAGUUCUUUUUGGAGAAGGGCGGAGUCACUCUUUUUCACGAGGAAAGGAGAGCGAACUCGAUGCACGAGAGCGGAGUCCUCCAGCUGGAGUUCUCAGGAGUGAAGGUGAUCGUGGAAUCUCUUCCUCGCUCGGAGUCGUCCUUACUGGCCAUUAAGCUGGGCAGUCUGUUCCUCAGAGACCUGACCACUCAGGGCACCAUGUUCCCCUUCCUGGUGUCGCCCAAAAUGGAGAAAGUUGUUGUUGCCCUUAGUCAGUCCAUGAGUCAGCACAGUGCUGCUGCUGAGUGCGAUGCAGAGUGGACUUCUCCAGUGUUUGAGAUGAUAUACGAGCGCAACCCUGUGAGGUCCAAAUUUGAGAGGAGGCUGGAAGUGAGCACCAGUCCAUUAAACAUCAUCUACAAUCCACAAGCCAUGAAAAAAGUGACUGAAUUCUUCUAUAAAGGAAGAGUUCACACUUCAGGCUUUGGCUACCAGUCUGAGCUGGAGCUAAGGGUGGCCGAAGCUGCAAGGAGGCAGUAUGACAAGCUGAAGAAGCAAACUAAGGCAGAGAUUCGACAAACUCUUGAUCAGCUGCUCAUUGGGGAGUUCAUUGAAAACAGCAAGCGCUGGACAAUGAAGCUGGAUAUUUGCGCGCCUCAGGUGGUUUUCCCUGAUGACUUCCAGUCAGAAGACCCGAUGCUCGUUGUGGUGGACUUAGGCAGGAUCCUUCUGACCAACUCUCAAGAUGACAGCGUCGUCAGCUCUACAGCUGCUCAACCUGAGCAGGAAGUCCUGAGUGACGAGGAGUACCAAACUCCUCUGGCCACCCCGCCCCAGUCUCCGCUUGCAACUGAAGUGCCUUUAAAAAUGCUGUUCAAAAACCCAGAACUUCCCAGCCUCAGUUCUCCGGAGGCUGCGAAGGCCUACAGCAAGAAGCUCUACGAGAAGUUCUGCCUUUCAUUCAAGGACCUGCAGAUUAUGGUCGGGCGCUACAAGGACAGCUGGAAGCACCUUCAGGACAGCGAAGUGGGACCAACCCACGUUGUGGAGAAGUUUAACGUUUUGCUGCAGCUUGAGCAGCGGCUGCGCUACACCUCGGACCCUCAGCUGCCCGGCGCGGUGCUGUCGGGAACGCUGCCGGAUCUAAAGGUGCACAUCAACCUUGAGAAGAUGACCGCCAUCAGGACCUGUCUGGCGCGGCUGAGCAGGCCAGCCAAAGACGACAGCGGCCCUGGGAAAGAUCCGAGCGUAGCCUCCCCUGACCCUCCCAUGCUGCGUCGAGACAAGAUCUUCCACAAAGUGGACAGUUCGUGGAAACUGCACGAUUCUGCCAAGAACCUGACGCAGAGCGUGAUGACCUUGGAGCAGCACACACGGGAAGUCCUGGUGGAAUCCCGCCUGCUGUUGGCUGAGUUCAACAUCACCUACAUGCAGCUCGGUGUGGAGAGCAACGGCCGCUAUAUUUCUGUUUUUAAAGUGUUUGGCACUAACGCUCAUUUUGUCAAGCGACCUUAUGACGUAGAAGUCGCUCUGACGGUUCACGGAUUUCUCCUGGUCGACACGCUGCAGACGUACGGGUCCGACUUCGACCUGCUCGUUGCGUCUCAUAAGCAUCUAAGCUUCGACGUUCCCACCGGUAGCCUCAGAGAAAGCCAGCCGUCUUCUCCAGCUUUGUGUGAUGAGCAGACCUCUGAGCAUCCUGGAGUCCAUUCUGGGUCAUUCUCUGAUCUGUCCCCAUUUAGUUCCUUCCUGAAAGACCAGGAAGCCCUCAUUAAACUUGAGUACCAGUUUGUGAGCUCAGACUGUCCCUCCAUGAACCUCAACAACUCCCUCCAGGCCACCAGCAUUCAGGUCAACAACCUGGACAUCAUUCUCAACCCUGAGACCAUGGGGGAGCUGCUCAAGUUCCUCCAAAAGUCUUUCCCCAAAGAGGAGAAUGCAUCCUACGCCCAGGAGUGGCCAACGGAGCUGUCCAGUGAGGAAGAAAACCAGGCCUACCAGGCAACCUACGACCAGAACAAGGAGCUAACCGUGGAGAUCCACCGCCUCAACCUACUGCUCCUGCGGACCGUCUCCUCCGGCACCGCCCUGGCAGUCGAGAAGAAAGCCCUGAAGAUCGCCACCGCCAGCAUCUCUGGUACCAAGGUCAACGUUUCCCUGGGAAGCCGUCUGGACGUCAGCGGUUCCCUGGGAUCCUUGCAGCUGGUGGAUUUAACCCAAGAGGCAGGCCGAAACCAGUUUGUGGUCAGCAUUGGGAGUGCUGAGGACAGCUCCUCCAGUCCCAAAGGUUUAACGUUUCCGCCCGACAACCGAGAGUCUCCAACAGACGCUCUGAACUUUCAGUUGGAGGAGAAAUUUAAGGGAGAGUGUUCUUUGAAGUUAAGAAUGGCGUCUCUGCACUACAACCACUCGGCCAGGUUCCUGCGUCACCUCAGACUGUCAGCCAACGAACUGGAGGACAGUUUCCGCUCCGUGUUGAAAAACGCCGCCACGACCGUGUCGACGGUUCUCGCCUCCAAGACGGCGGAGUACAGCGGCAGGGUUUCACUCUUCGAGACGCCGUCACGGAGAACGCGAAGGUCCAGCCAGAGCUGGGGGUGUUCGUUUGAUCAAGAGGAGGACGUCUCUACAGAGGAGCCUGAAUCCGCCCUGGACACUUUCUUCGUGAAGCUGACCCUCAACAUCAGCAUCGAGUCGCCGGUCGUAUCCAUUCCUCGGAAACCCGGAAACCCCGAGCUGUUGGUCGGCCAUCUGGGGAGCAUUACCAUCCAGAACUGUGACAAUGGCAAAGGGUCUCAGGCAGAGAGGCUGGAGGUGUUGGUGAAGGACAUCCGACUGUACUUGGUCAACACCAGUCACUUGGUGUUGAAGAGGCCCAGAGAGGAGAACGCCGACACGUCUUCACCAUCCCACACUGGAAACGUCAACAAGGACGAAUCCCAGUUCACACGCCACGACUUCUUCGAGUCCCUCAGCCGGGGAGAAGCCUUCCACAUACUGAAAGACACCACUAUUCACUUCACUUUUGAGAAAACUCCAGUGGAUGAGGAUUCUGAGUUCAUCCUGCUGACGACAGACGAGCCCUUCAGAAGCACAGGCCAGCUGAGAAUCCAAGGAAAAUUUGUCAACCCUGUUCAGGUUUGUCUGUGUAAACCCGUGUAUGAGCAAGUUCUCCAGACUCUGGACAAUCUGUCCCUGAUUGAGGAGCAGCCUCCGACCCCCAGCCAGCCGCCGACGCCGCCCCCGCCCACCCCGUCCUCCUCCAGGCCCCACGUCUUCCCCGACCCCCAGGGGGGCCUGUUCGCCAGAGACCCGCCCUCCAUCAGCUUCUCUCGCUCCUCCCUGUCCUCUUCGCUGUCCCUGCCGUCUCACCGGCCCCUCCUGCAGCCGCCGACCUUCACCCAGCUGAAGGUCACGCUGCAGGUGGCGGAGCUGCAGGUCCAGCUGAGUGCAGACCUCACGGAGGGCUCCCAGGGUCUGGUCAGCGUGCGCUUCCAGGACCUGGAGGGCCACUUCACCAAGGACCACCCGCAGCUGCUGGAGGUGCAGCUGGCUCUGCGCGCGCUGCUGAUGGAGGACCUGCUGGACCCCAACCCCGACUCCAAGUACAAGCACCUGAUGAAGUCCCACGGCGCCCCCAAGCCGUCCACCUUCAGCUCCAAGGAGUACCUGUCCCGCAGCUGCCCGUCGCGCUCCAACGCUCUGUCCCCGGACAUGCCGCGCUCGCUGCCCGCCCACAUCAAGGAGACGCAGAACGUCUUCCAGCCUUACCAGAGGCACCCUUCCACGCCGGCCGCCGGCCGCAAGUCCAAAAAGGACCCGGACUUCCCCAGCACCCCCCCUCCCUCUCCGACGCCGCGCGCCGGCUCCCAGCAGCCCGACUCCAACUUCGACGACUCGUUGGUUCACAUCAACGUGCUGCUGGUGGAGGCCGGCCACCCAGAGUUCAGGACGCGCUACGGCGGCGUCGGCCGCAGUGUGGACGUGGACUUCAACUGCCUGGACAUCCUGAUCACGCUCCAGACCUGGGUCGUCAUCCUGGACUUCUUCAGCAUCGGCUCCACGGCCAUCAACCACUCGAUGAAGCCGGCGGCCGGCGCCACCCAGCCGGUGGCCGGGCAUCCGCUGUACGAGCCGGACGGCGGCGAGGAAGAGGAGGAGGAGGAGGAGGAGGAAGAGAGAGCGCCGGCGGUCAACACCAAGCUGGACCUCAAGGUUCAUUCUUUGACUCUCAUCCUGAACAAGAAGCUCCAUGAACUGGCCAGAGCGAGCGUGUCAAAAUUAUCCACCCAUCUUGACACUCGCGACGGCGACCUGAGGAUACACGGCAGUUUGGGAAGUCUGUCCCUGAGUGACCUGACCCCCCACGGCGACUUCUACAGAGAGCGCUUCACAACACAGGGAGGGGAGGCGCUGGUUUUCAACAUCCUCAGGUACGGCCAGCCGGAUCCUGACCUGCAGCGCGAGUGUGACAUCAAGGUGUCGCUGCAGAUGGCGUCUGUUCAGUACGUUCACACGCAGCGCUUCCAAGCCGAGGUGGUAGCCUUCAUCCAGCAUUUCACCCAGCUGCAGGACGUCCUGGGCAGACAGAGGGCGGCCAUGGAGGGCCAGGCGGUACGUGAUCAGCCUCAGAGGGCAUCCAGGGUUCUGCUGGACAUCGACGCCGGCGCUCCGGUUCUGAUCAUCCCCGAAAGCUCGCGGUCGCCCCGGGUGAUCGUGGCCAACCUGGGCCAGCUGAAGGUGCAGAACGUCUUCCUCCCGGCCGGGUCGCACGGAACCGUUUCCCUCCAAGACAAGAAUGUUAUACUGCAUGGGAGUUCGUACAAGGAGCUGCCCCGAUACCAGGAGCGCGUCAGGAGCGCAGCAGAAGGAACGAGUAAUGCUCAGGAGAAGCCGAGAGGUUUUGCUUCCGGCUCCGCCUCAUCGUCCAGAUUUGGCCUCAGCAGACCCAAAGCGCUGAGCAGCGGUACCAUCCCUGAGGACGAGGAGCCGACCAGCUCAGAAGACCAUGUGUGUCUGUUGGACUGCAUGGCCCUGGACCUGCAGGAGAUGGACAUCUUUGCCGCGGAGCGCCUGCCCUGGGACAGCACCGGGAAGCCCGAACCCUCGGACCUGAUCUUCCCUUCCUACUCGGUCCGUCGGACCGGAGACAACCUGCUGAAAGACUGCUGCCGCCUCACGCUGAAGGUGGAGCGCAACCUGGACAAGGAGCUGAGCCACGCCGUGCCUGACACGUCCAUCCACGGCAGCUUGUCGUCGGUUCACUGCUCCCUGGACAGGAAGCACUACCAGCUGAUCCGGGGCAUCCUGGAGAACAACCUGGGGGAACCGGUGGAGGAGUUCCUGCGGCCGUACAACCUGCAGCACCCCAGCAGCUACACGGUGCUGAGUGGAGUCGUCUUCACCAACCUGUCCUUCCUGAUGGACAUGACGGACGUCAGCCUGGAGCUGCUGGACAGCCCCAUCUCUGCUGACAACAGGAACUCUUUAGCCAGGUUUGACUUUGUGAAAUCCAAAGUCCUGUUUGAGAGUUUGUCCGACGGCUCCAAGUCGGUGAACCUGGUGUCUCACUCUCUGCUGGCAAACGACACCAGAUUCACUGAAACCACGAAAAGCAGCGAAAAUAGCAGGUGCAACGUGUUCGACUGCAUCCUGCAGGCUUCAAAGACAGGAACCAACCGGGCGACUCUGCAGCUGGAGCUGCACUACAGAUCCACGCGGGACUCGUCCAGCUUCACGGUCGUUCUCAACAACCUGCGGGUCUUCCUGAUCUUCGACUGGCUGCAGCUGGUGCAUCACUUCCUGCAGCUGCAGCCUGAAAACGCCACAGAGAGCCAGCAACGCUGCUACAGCAGCGCCGCAGCUGGCAGCACCGCCGCAUCCGUCAUGCCAAAGACGGUGAAGAGCGGCGUGGUGACGAAGAGGUCCACGGUGAUGGUCAGUCAGGACCGCUGCCUGGAGGUGAAGAUCAACGUCACAGGCACUGAGUUUGUAGUGGUGGAGGACGUUUCCUGUCUCGACACCAACGCCAUCAUCCUGAAGGGAACCACGGUCCUCACGUACAAGCCCCGCCUACUGGACCGACCGUUCUCUGGCAGCCUGGCAGGAAUAGAGGUGUUCUCGUGCCGGCUGGGCAGCGAGCAGGAGACGGCGCUGUCCAUCAUCGACCCGGUCAACGUGCAGCUGGAGCUGUGCGGCAGCCCCACCUACCCCAGCAGCUCGGGGCUCCUGGACGCUUUCAACGUGGAGGACAUCCCGCCGCUGCUGGAGAUUCAGUUUCCUGCUCUGGACAUCCGUCUCUCCUACAACGAUAUCCAGCUGUUCCUGUCCAUCGCCAAGUCCAUCUCUGCCGCCCAGGCUCCGCCUUCUCAUGCUGACUCAGCCAAUGGAGCGCCGCCACACCAAGAUGGCGUCCAGGAGAAGACAGAAAGCCUCACCGAAACCAAGCUGAGCCACUUACAGAACCUUGGCUUCAGAAGAGAGGACUGCAAAAAAGCCCUGAUCAGCUGCAAAGGCCAGCUGGACCAGGCGGCCACCUGGCUGUGGGAGAACUCGGAGAACUCUGGGAUUCGUCCCAGAGGCCGGGCCGACUCCGGCUCCGGCAGCCACGCCUGGCCUCUGUCCGGCGUGGAGGUGAAGGCCGAGAGCGUCUGCAUCUGCUUCAUCGAUGACUGCCUGGACUGUGACAUCCCGCUGGCCGAGCUCACCUUCUCCAGACUAAAUGUGCUGCAGCGCAUUGGCUCCACCCAGGAAGGAAACGCCAGCUUCACGCUGUCCGGAGACUACUACAACAGAGAGCUGUCAGGCUGGGAGCCGUUCAUCGAGCCCUGGCCCUGCGUCCUGUCAUGGCAGCAUCAGGCUGCGGGGCGACUGCACCCUCCACGCCUGAAGGUCGCCGUUCGAGCAAAGCAGAGGCUGGACGUCAACAUCACCUCGGUUCUGCUGGAUCAGUACAAAACCACCAAGACUUCCUGGAUGGCUGAUUACUGUAAGGCAGAAGAGCAGGCUCCUCCGUCUCCGCCCCCCGAUUGGUUGGGGUCCUCGGUCGACCCGCCUGGCUUUGGACAGACUGCGCCUCUGACUCACCUCAGAACUAGGAGCACAGCCAGCCUGACGAGCCUCCAGCAUCAGACUCACUCCAGAGAUGGGAAGAUAUCAAAGAGGAGGCAGCCGUUCGUCCCAUAUGCACUUCGAAACCACACCGGCUGCACCAUGUGGUUCGCCACGUCGACCACAACGCCCACAAGGGUGGCGCUGUCCCACAGCAGCAGUGCUGACUCCAUCUCCGACCUCCAGAGUUCACGAACUGACGACACUCACAACCUCAGUCAGUGGAGGGAGGUUCUGCCCGGCAAGGAGAUUCCCUUUGAGUUCGAGGCCCGCGAGAAGCUGCGUCACCGACACACUCAUGAGCUGAAGCUCCACCAGCUGCUGGUCAGAGUCUGUGGCUGGGAGCAAGUUGAGCCGGUGUCGGUGGAAAAAGUGGGGGUUUUCUUCAGAUACGCUGCUCCGGACAGAAACAACUCUUCCAGCACUGUCGGCAGUCCGAUCAGCAGGACCAACAUCAUCCACCCUCAUGUUUAUUUCUCAGAGCUGCCCCCUGUCAGGGUGGUGUUCGCCAUCACCAUGGAGGGCAGCGCCCGGAAGGUCAUCACCGUGCGCUCGGCCCUGAUGGUGAAGAAUCGCUUGGAUGUUCAGAUGGAGAUCCGGCUGGACAGCCCCUCUGCACCCGACAACCCGGUGGUGCUGCCUCCCAUCCUGCCGGGCCAGUCGUUGGCCAUCCCCCUCCACCUGACCUCCUGGCGGCUGCAGGCCCGGCCUCAAGGCAGGGGUCUGUUCUUCUGCAAGGUUCCGAUCCACUGGACCAGCGUGAAGCAACCUGGAGAGGUCAACAGCAGCAAGAGGGACUGCCAGUCAGCUGAUAUGGAUGAGUCACUCGAUGGCAACUUCAGGUGUUCACGCAGCUUUAAAAAAUUCUGUGUGGUCAUCAAGAAGGAGAACUUCCCAGAGCAGCAGCCGGCAAAGCCGGAGGUUUCCGGCGGCGCUCAGCAGAUCUACCGGCAGCCGGGUCACACCAUCUACCUGCUGCCCACCGUGGUGCUGACCAACCUGCUGCCCUGUGACCUCAACUUCUACAUCAACGGAACCAACAUCCGAGGCUUUCUGAAGCCGAAAGACGAGGCGGUGCUUCACUCAGCUGACACGUCCCAGAACAUAGAGCUGGGAGUCCAUCUGGAGAACUUCCCCGAGUGCAAAGAGCUGGUGAUUCCUCCUGGCACUCAGAACUACACGGUGGGCAUGAGGCUGUACGACACCAACAAGCAGCAGCUGAGUCUCACCAUCCGCAUCGUCCUGAGAGCAAAAGUGGCGCUGAAGAUCCUGGUCUCUGCUCCCUACUGGCUCAUCAACAAGACCGGCCUGCCGUUGAUUUUCCGUCAGGACAACACCAAAACCGACGCGGCGGGGCAGUUCAACGAGCAUGAAUUGGCCCGCAGCCUCAGCCCUUUACUGUUCUGCUACACAGACAAGGAGCAGCCCUCCAUGUGCACCAUGCGGAUUGGGAAAGGGAUCCACCCAGACGGGGUUCCCGGCUGGUGCCAACGCUUCUCCUUGGAUGGAGGGAGCGGAGUCCGAGCCCUGAACGUCACCCUGCAGGGGAACAGACCGGGUCUCGUCUACAACAUAGGAAUCGAUGCGCGUAAAGGCAAAGGAAUCUACAGAGACACCUACAUAGUGACCUUUGCCCCCCUCUACCUGCUGGAUAACCACUCAACACACACACUGGCCUUCGCUCAGAGAGAGUUUGCAAGAGGAAGGGGUGCCUCCAACCCUGAGGGGUACAUUUCCACACUGCCGGGCUCCAGCGUGGUUUUCCACUGGCCCCGGAACGACUACGACCAGCUGCUGUGUGUGCGCCUCAUGGACGUCCCCGACUGCUCCUGGUCCGGGGGCUUCGAGGUCAACAAACCAAAGUCCUUCCACGUCAACAUGAGAAACACGCAGGGGCAGUGUUUCUUCCUGCGGACCGAGAUCAGCCUUAAAGGAGUCACCUACCUGAUUUCCUUCACGGACACAGAUCAGCUGCCUCCACCUCUACGCAUCGACAACAUGUCCGAGGUUCCGAUCCAGUUCUGGCAGCACGGCGUGGCCGACCUGCAGCUGCAGUAUGAGGUGAAGGCCGCGUCGGUGAUGGACUACGCCUGCGACGAGCCCACGCUGCCGCCGUGCAUCACCCUCAUCGUGAAGGGGGCGGAGUCGUCCGAGGUCACGGCCAACAUGAACUUCUUCAGGGAAUACAACAAGCUGUACUACGAGAACUUCAUCUACAUCGCCGCCACGCACACCUUCUCCUUGGACCUGGAGUGGAGAUUGGCUGAGAAGCAGCGCCUGGAGAGCAGCGCAGGGUUGGUUCUGGACGUGGACCCAAAAACCCAACGGGUCAUCCUCAGAAAAAAGGAGCCGGGGAAGCGCUCCCAGCUCUGGAGGAUGACCGGGUCCGGCAUGCUGUGCCACGAAGGCUCCUCCCCCCCCCAGAGCAAGCCGUCCCAGCCCCAACCGCUGGACACCUCCCUGGUUCUGGACAUCGCCGGGCUGGCUGCCGUCAGCGAUAACAGGUUUGAGCCGUUGAUGCUGAGGAGGCCCGACUCGCGGCGCAGCACCACCCAGACCUGGUACUUCAGCGAAGGCAUGCUGACCUGCGGCCUUCCCCGCCUGGUGGUUCAGGUGAAAAAUGGUGUGGAGGGGAUGCGUGACGGGGCCGAGGUGGUUCUGGGGCCGGAUUCGGGUCUGGACCAGCCCGGUCCAGAGCAGCAGUUCAUCAACCAGAAGAUGAGACCUGGAUCAGGGGUGCUGUCGGUCCAGGUCCUACCAGAUGGACCAACCCGCGUCCUCCAGAUCAGUGACUUCAGUCACAGGAGGAUGUUGUGGAGCUCCUCCAGCGUAGAACAAGACGCAAGCAAAGAAGAAGAAGAAGGAGAGAAGGCGGAGCCUGAGCAGGAGCUGGAGGUGCUGGUUGACCUGGACGAGGGUCUGGGCGUCUCUCUGGUCAACAAGUUUCCAGAGGAGCUCAUUUUCGCCACUCUCUCUGGUGUGGACGUUCACUUCACGCGCACUGCAGCCACUGAAGUCCUGGAGCUGAGCAUCCACAACAUCCAGGUGGACAACCAGUUGCUGGGCACCACCCACCCAGUGAUGCUGUGUGUCUCUCCCAGUACGGCAGACGACGGCGCCAACGAAGGCGGCCCCGCCCUGCAGGUCAACUCGGUGAAAGUUCCCAGCAGCCUCAUGCUCACCGAGCUCUUCAAGCACCUGAUGGUGACGGCGCGCCGCUUCACGGUCAUCAUCGACGAGAAGCUGCUGCUCAAGCUGCUCAGCUUCUUCGGCUACGGGAAGGCCGAAGUCGGGCUGGAGAACCUGGACGAGAACCUGCGUGAGCGGCCCAGCGAGGACGGCGGGCCCCGGAAGCGAUACUACUUUGAGAACCUGAAGAUCAGCCUGCCUCAGAUCAAACUGAGCGUCCUCCCGUCUCACAAGCUGCCGCCGGACCUGAAGGCUCUUAAAGGCACCCUGGGCUUCCCGCUGAUCCGUUUCGAGGACGCGGUCAUCAACAUGUACCCGUUUACCAGAGUCCACCCCUACGAGACGCAGGAGAUCAUCAUCAACGACAUCCUCAAGCACUUCCGAGAGGAGCUGAUGAGCCAGGCGGCGCAGAUCCUGGGCUCCGUGGACUUCCUGGGGAACCCGAUGGGCCUCCUGAACGACGUCUCGGAGGGAAUGUCCAAACUCAUCAAGCACGGCAACGUGCACGGCAUGCUGCUCAACGUCACGCACGGCGUCUCCAACUCCGCCGCCAAGUUUGCAGGCACGUUAUCGGACGGUCUGGGUAAAACCAUGGACAACCGGCACCAGAGCGAGCGGGAGUACAUCCGGUACUGCGGCGCCACCAGCGGGGAGCACCUGGUGGCCGGGAUCCACGGCCUCGCGCACGGAAUCAUCGGGGGCAUGACGAGCAUCAUCACCUCCACCGUGGAGGGCGUGAAGACGGAGGGCGGCGUCAGCGGCUUCUUCUCCGGACUCGGUAAAGGUCUGGUGGGAACCGUCACCAAACCCGUGGCCGGGGCGUUGGACUUCGCCUCGGAGACGGCCCAGACGGUGCGGGACAUCGCCAGCCUCAGCAGCCACAGGUUCCCGGUCCAGCGCGUCCGGAAGCCGCGCUGUUGUAAGGGCCCCCAGGGCCUCCUGCCGCGGUUCUCAGCCAUGCAGGCCGAAGGUCAGGAGCAGCUCUUCCGCCUCACCGACAACAUCCACUCUGAGUUCUUAAUGGCGGUGGAGCCGAUCGACACCUACAGCGUCCUCAUCUCCUCCAAAGUGGUUUACUUCCUGAAGCCGGGCGACAGCGUGGACCGCGAGGGCAUCGUCCUGGAGGUCAAAUACGACGACCUCUUCCACUGCCUGGUGUCCAGGGAGUACGGGAAAGUUUACGUCCAGCUCACCAAGAAGGCGGAGAACUCCACCAGCGGAGUGGCCAUUCCUGGACCCUCACAGCAGAGACCCAUGGUCCAGGUGAGGAACGAGAGCCUCGCCUACAAGAUCUCCCAGCAGAUCAACUUCGCCAAGAGCCUGUACUACGAGCAGCAGCUGAUGCUGCCGGCCGCCGACGACGAAGACUUCCUGCUGCUCGAAUUCUGACGUUUCCUCUGAAGUCCUGAAGCGACUCGGUGGAAGGAAAAACACGCUGCGCUCUAACAGACACUUUGAAACUCCUGGACUCUAAAAACUGACAGAACCACUAUUUGUUCUGGACGUUCACCAACAUGUGAAUAUGUCUAGAAGAACCUUAAACUCUGUAAAUAUAUACAUAUAUAUAUAUAUAUAUAUAUAUAUAUAUAUAUAUAUAUAUAUAUAUGUUGUUAUAAUAAAGAUAGGAUAUUAACAAGAAGCUGAGCGUCUGAACUCUAACCAGCUGCUUUUACGUGUGUGUUUGUAUAUAAGAGUUUAUUAGAGAACAUGAAUCUGUAGAUCUGUGCAGGUUUUUAACCUUUUAUCGGUGAGUCGCUCUCUGCAGGAGUCGGCCCAAUCAGACGGCAGGAAGGCAGCGCCGCAGCGCUCGCCGUGAUCCGCUGCGCUUCACGUCAGGGAGGCGGGCGGAGGAUUUUCUGCAGGGUCAGCGUUCCUCCACUCAGUUUGCUUCACAUUAUGGAUGCAAAUGUUCUGUUAUUGAUCCGGAACGAUGAUUAUUUGUAGGCAGACGUGUAUCGGUUUAAAUUCACUCUUUAAUAUUUUUUCAAUAAAACAUUUUGUGUCAUUUAAA